ACGUGAUCCCAUUUGCCCCUCCCAUUUAACCGCAGAUGCCGCGCGUCUGUUCCCGGGCCCCGCCUCCCGAUGAUGUAACAAUCUCUCCGCGCAUGUUCACAGUCUCCGGGUGGACGGUGUUAUCCUCUCCGCUCAGAGCUGAAGUUGGUCGGCUGUGUGAUCGGGAAAGAUUUUCGUCUCUUCCGUCGGGAUCACUGUCUGGGGGCCGAAGAUAUCACUUUCCCAUCGUUAGACCUGCAGUGAGAGAUUUAUUGGAAGAAAAACCACGACUGAAGACGAGGGAACAGCAACAAGUGAACCAGCCCGAGGACUGAGAGCACCGACUGGAGAGAACCCAUCUUACUCUGAGAUUCCAGUGAUUCAGUCAGGAGAAAGUUUGGUUAAAAACAAGAAGGAAUUUGUCUUCAGGAAGUUCAAACAUGGCACACCAGUUUGGUUGUUUCUGUCCAGAUAUUUAAGAAGUGGAGCAAGGGAUUCAAUCGAUCAUCCUUCCUGCUCAGACUGUGGGGAGGGAUUCACUCGGUCAUUUUACCAACUGGCAACCCAUCAUUUUACACAGGAGAAAGUCUGUUCACCUGCUCAAACAGUGGGAAUGGAUUCACUCAGUUAUCACAAUUGAAUGUACAUCAGCACGUUCACACUGGGCAAGGCCAUUCACCUGUUCUGUGUGUGAGAAGGGAUUCAGUCAGUCUUCCCACCUGUGGACACACCAGUCAGUUCACACCACACUGGGCAGAGGCUGGUGAUCUGCUGAAUAUCUGGGAAAGGAUUCACUCAGUCAUCUGACCUAAUGGCACACCAGCGUGUUCACACUGGGGAGAGGCUUUUCACCUGCUCAGAGUGUGGAAAGGGAUUCACUCGGUCAUCCACCUUACUGGUACAUCAGCGAGUUCACACUGGGGAGAAGCCGUACACCUGCUCAGUCUGUGGGAAGAGAUUCACUGAGUCAUCCACCUUACAGAGUCAUCAGCGAGUUCAUACUGGGGAGAAGCCGUUCACCUGCUCAGAAUGUGGGAAGGGAUUCAGACAGGUAUCCCAUCUACUGAGUCAUCAGCGAGUUCACACUGGGGAGAAGCCAUUCACCUGCUCAGAAUGUGGGAAGAGAUUCGCUCACUCAUCCAACCUACUUAGUCAUCAGCGAGUUCACACUGGAGAGAGGCCAUUCACCUGCUCAGAGUGUGGGAAGGGAUUCACUCGGUCAUCUCAACUGCUGACGCACCAGCAAGUUCACACUGGGGAGUGGCCUUUCGCCUGCUCAGAAUGUGGGAAAGGAUUCACUGAGUCAUACACCUUACUGGUACAUCAGCGAGUUCACACUGGGGAGAAGCCGUUCACCUGCUCAGAAUGUGGGAAGAGAUUCACUCAGUCAUCCAAUCUACAGAGACAUCAUCGAGUUCAUAUUGGGAAGAAGCCGUUCACCUGCUCAGAAUGUGGGAAGAGAUUCGCUCACUCAUCCAACCUACAGAGUCAUCAGCGAGUUCACACUGGGGAGAAGCCGUUCACUUGCGCAAACUGUGGGAAGAGAUUCACUCGGUUAGCUAACCUACAGAGACAUCAGCAAGUUCACACUGGGGAGAAGCCAUUCACCUGCUCGGUCUGUGGGAAAGGAUUCACUCAGUCAUCCCAAAUACUGGAACACAAGUCAGUUCAUAGUGGGGAGUGGCCAUUGUUAUGAAUCCCUAGGUUUCAUUUGAUAUGGACUGUCAUUUUAAGAGAGAUUAAGAAGGUGAAUCAGUCUGACUUGCAGUUUGUUUAGUUUUAACCGAGGACACAGACACUCAGAGUCAGACGGAGAGGGAUGAAAAAUGGAAGGAUUGAAACCAGGGAACUAGUGGCCAAGGGUCACUGUUUGGAACUUUCCUUUGCUCACAAGGGUGGAUUAAUUAUCCAUUCACCGUACAUCGAAUGUGUGGUUGUCACCUCAUUUAACCCAUAGGAGUGGAUCUGAUUUGGGAUAGACUGUGGAGACCACUUAUGUGUUAACCCUUGCCUGGGUGUGAUGUGGUUGUUCAUUUGAAGAUGAUACCCCUCAUGACAAGUCACUUUCGGUGAUAAUCACAACUCACUUUCGGUGAUAAUUCGUAUGUAGAUUUGUAAAGAUGACGGAUAAAAUCUACAGCUACUGUUCUCUCAUUUUAACACUGGAACCUGUAGAACAGACAGAACCCGUGUUCUAGAUCACUGAGUGCACCUUCCCCAUCUCUGACCCUGCCUUCCCUCGACA